AUGCUAAAGCAGUCCAAGCUAAGUGGAUUAAAGGGCACUGGAAUUACCGUGAACGUAACAGUGUCUAGAUCAACUCCAACAAUAGCCCAUGAUCUCUUGUCUAGAUCAACUCCUAUAGAUGGGAGGACCGUGCAUACGAACAUCGCCAACAGCAACCGAGAGAGGUUCACACUUGCCCCAUCUAAUGGAACAACAACAGCAGGAGCAUGGGCAGCACUGGGUGCAAAUUCAGGCCAAGUAUUGUGGUCCGCAGCAAACCCCAGCACCGAAGCUGCUCAGGGACCUGUAACAAUAGCUAAUGAUGUACUUUUCGCUGGAUCAGUGGCUUCUUAUGGCCCUAUAUAUGCGAUGGAUGCCAAAACAGGUAAUAUUCUCUGGUCAUACAAUACUAGCGCGACUGUAUACGGAGGUGUAUCAGCAAGUAUAUAUCGGUGCAUUUAUCUCGGGAAUGGUUAUACAGUGGGCACGGCAAGGUUAUUCCAUCCAACUUGGAUUGGUGGAACUUCACUCUAUGCAUUCUGCGUUGCAUAA